UCUUUGGCCCUGGGGAAGAAGGGAACUCCCGGGGGGUGGGUGAACCAAGUCACGAUCAAGCCCUUUAGAGCACGGCUCUCGCUUAAGAUGGCAGCGGACGCCGGAGACCUAAUCGGGGCUUCUGAGUUCUUGAAAGAUCGCUUAUAUUUUGCUACUUUAAGGAAUAGACCAAAAAGCACAAUAAAUACCCACUAUUUCUCCACCGAUGAGGAGCUGGUCUAUGAAAAUUUCUAUGCAGAUUUUGGACCUCUGAACUUGGCAAUGGUAUACAGAUAUUGCUGUAAACUUAACAAGAAACUAAAGUCAUACAGUUUAUCAAGAAAGAAAAUAGUGCACUACACCAGUUUUGAUCAACGAAAGCGAGCGAAUGCAGCAUUUUUAAUAGGUUCUUAUGCGGUCAUCUAUUUAAAGAAGACACCAGAAGAAGCCUACAGAGCACUCAUAGCUGGCUCAAAUCCCCCCUAUCUUCCAUUCAGGGAUGCUUCCUUCGGAAAUUGUACAUACAAUCUCACAAUCCUGGACUGUUUGCAGGGAAUCAGGAAGGGAUUGCAGCAUGGAUUUUUUGACUUUGAAUCCUUUGAUGUGGAAGAAUAUGAACAUUAUGAGCGAGUUGAAAAUGGUGACUUCAAUUGGAUUGUUCCAGGAAAAUUUUUAGCAUUUAGUGGACCUCAUCCCAAAAGCAAAAUUGAAAAUGGUUAUCCCCUCCACGCUCCUGAAGCCUACUUUCCUUACUUUAAAAAGAAUAACGUGACUACAAUUAUUAGGCUGAAUAAAAAGAUCUACGAGGCAAAACGAUUCACAGAUGCUGGUUUUGAGCACUAUGACCUCUUCUUCAUAGACGGUAGCACACCAAGUGAUAACAUUGUUCGACGAUUUCUAAAUAUAUGUGAAAACACCGAAGGAGCAAUUGCCGUACAUUGCAAAGCUGGUCUUGGGAGAACAGGAACAUUGAUAGCCUGUUAUGUAAUGAAGCACUACAGGUUCACACAUGCUGAAAUCAUUGCAUGGAUAAGAAUCUGCCGGCCAGGUUCUAUUAUAGGACCCCAACAACACUUCCUAGAAGAAAAACAAGCAUCAUUGUGGGUUCAAGGAGACAUUUAUCGUUCCAAACUGAAAAACAGACCAUCUAGCGAAGGAAGUAUAAACAAGAUUCUCUCAAGUUUGGAUGAACUGUCAAUUGGUGGAAACUAUUCCAAAUUACAAACGUUGGACAGAUAUGGAGAGGGGAGUACCGAUGAUGAUGUAGAUUUGGAAAUCAAAACCGCCAUGACACAGGGAGACAAACUUCGUGCCUUAAAAAAUCAAAGACAGCCACGCUCUUCAACAGCUAGUGUUCUUAGUGGAUUGGAGGAACUGAGACAACAUACCAGAUCAAUAUCACAGCCUCUCAGAGUAUGCUCUUCCUCACAAGGCUGCAUAUCUCCUUUGAAGCCCUCCAAGGUGGUAUUGUCACCUUCAGCCUCUGCCAAGAGAAUAAAUAGAGGUUCAUGCUCCUCAGGCUCCAGCACAAGGAGCUUUUCCAUAAAUACUCGACUAGCCAGUUCUCUAGGGAACCUGCAUGCUGCAACAGAUGAUUCAGAGAGCAAAAAGGCCACCACAACGCCCACUAGGACAGGUUACCCAGUCAACCAUUUCUCCAACCACUUGAAUGGCAGCUCCCAACCGCCUGCCAGAAAUUACCCUGAGCUCAACAACAACCAGUACAGCCGGAGCACCAGUGCUGGCACGAACCUCAACAGCCACACCAGCCUGCACAACGCCAAGGCCGAUGAGUACGUCUUCCGACCUUACACUGGCCUCUCUGCUUCUUCGUCAAGAUUCCUGAGCCGUUCCAUCCCUUCCCUUCAGUCUGAAUAUGUUCAAUACUAAAGCCUUGCUGCUUCGAUGAAAGCUUCUCAGCCCUUAAGAGACUCAUUUCUUCAUGAGGAGGAACAUUGUUGAGGGAAAGAAACUGCUCACUGGGAGGAGAUCUCUGCAUUCUUAACCUUAUAAUUAAAGAAAGCACUCAGAUCAGACCUCAAGGAGAGACUUGAAACCAGAAAGCUCUGGUUAAUGACUACUGUAAAUGCACUGAAUGUUUAUGGAGAUGUUGGGUGUGUUUUUUAAAGAAAAUUUCAUGUCGAGCCUGGUGAUGUGAAGGAUUAUUUUUAAUGUAUUUCGGUAAUACACUUGUUAUUACAUUUCUGUACAGUGUUAUAUUAUAUAUGUAUUGUCAAGCUAAAGACUAUUUUGGUAAAUUUAUAAAUAUGUAAUUGUGUAAAGAUUAGAAUAUAUUUUGAUUUAGAUUUUCUUGCUAUUUGCUACCAAAAAUAUGUAUUUUGAACUUGCUAGGAUGAUUUUAUCUAUGAUGAAUAAAUAUUUUCACAUAAUAAAAAGGGACGUAGGAAAAAAAGAACAGGAGGAAAAGAAUAAUUUUAUGGAUCCACCAUAAAUAUGAUAUAACCUGUUAAAUUCUUUGGGUAAUCAGUCUUAUUUUACAUAGUUUAGUUACAAGAUUCUCACUAGCAAAUGAGUGUAUUGGUUGGUAUAAUGCCAGUUUUUCUUUUUCUCUCUGUUCCUUUGUAUGAUCCCCUAUUCAUUUUUUGCGCAUCUUGGUGUUCUUUGUUUUUUAAACUUCAAAUCAGGCUACAAAUAAAAAUUAACUAAAACUUCUCCCUUAGAACAUAAGCCUCCCUCUACUAGACAGUAGUGAAGCAUUCCCAGAAUUUUACAUUUAAAAUUUGUUUUCAAAAGAAAUUUUUUGGAUUAGACUUCAUUUCCAAUAUAUGAUUUUCUUGUUGCCUGUUGUCUUGCACAUUAUAUCAGUAGACACCAGAUGCUGCUACAUCACUUCAUUAAAAAUUGUUUCAAGAGUAUAAGAUCGUGAUGCAGAUUUGGACAUGUUGGCAACAUAAUUUUUUUAAGUGGCCAUUAGUGUACAUUAUUACAGUUUUCUAAGAUUAAUCAUUCAUUUCUUUAUCAGUAUCCCUAGACAGUAUUUCUUUGGAAAAAAAACAAACAACGAUGGGAAUGCUUUUCCUGCUCUACUUAGGCUAGCAUGUGAAAUGUUAGCAAGAAGGGUUCAUAGUACUUUAUUCCAAUCCUUGAGAUGAAUCUCUCUAUAUUUAAUCAGAUAUUAUAUAUGGAUAGUUCUUAUACCAACAAAAUAACCCAGGGCUUGUUUUACUUGAAAAAAUGAUAGAAAUAAAUAUUUGGCUUUGAUUAGCUUAGUUUGGACUGUAAAGACUGAAUAAAAAUGAAUAGACUGCAGGACUUAAACUGUAUCAGAAAGAAAUCAUAAAUUUGCAGGAGAAUUGAAAAAAAUUGUGAAUAACUUUUUUUUUUAAUAGAAAGAAGUGUAUCGUACAAUUUAUGUGUUGUUGUCAAAAUGAUCAGUGAAUGAGUACAAAAAGAUGAUAUAUUAUGACUAUUGAAAUAUCAAUUUUAUGUGAAUUAUUGAAGGAAAUCCAUUCAUAUCAUUUUUUCUGGGGUGGGGGAAGAAAAAUCAUGUUGACAUCUUUGGUCUGUGAACAGAGAUUUGUGUGCAGCUAUAUUAAAAGACUGUAAAACUGACUACUGUAAAUGUCCAUGUUGUAUGUGUGUAUAUGUGUCAUUUGUACCUGCAUAUGUGUAUGUGUCUUAAUAUUAUUUGUACACAUGUGCAAACACAGACACACCAAAAAGUAUGUGUACAUAGUAUAGAAAAUAUAGAGCAAAAUAAUUCUAUUCCAAUUAUUAAAAAUGUUUGACAUGUAUUUUGUUAUGAAUAGCAUACCUUCAAAGCUAUAUUUUGUUGUAUUUUGAAGUGUAGAUAAAUACACUGCUAAUAAAUAAUAAAAGUUUUAUCCAUUUAAAUCAU